UCUAAUGGAAACCAGGGCGGCCAUAAUCAGCACAUGUUGAUUUCCCUUCGAGUUUAUUUUGAAUUUAAAGAAUUGAAAUCAUGUCGACGGAGCCAGCAGUGGCGAAGGAUGCAGUUUUGAAGCGCAGCGAGGCUUUAGCGGGGGACACACCCCAAGUUUACGGCUACGACUUUAACGAGGGUGUUAACUAUAGUAAGCUCUUUGAAUCUUAUGUGAAUACCGGAUUUCAGGCAACGAAUCUCGGUCUGGCCAUUCGGGAAAUUAACAGAAUGCUGGAUUGCAGGGACCAGCCACUCGAGGCGGAUCAACUAGACAGUCAUGAAACAGACGACUUCAUCCGUCGAAGAAGCAAAUGCACCGUGUUCCUGGGAUACACAUCAAAUCUCGUUUCAUCUGGCAUGCGAGAGACCAUUCGCUUCCUGGCUGAGCAUCGAAUGAUCGACUGCAUUGUAACCACAGCGGGAGGUGUGGAGGAAGAUUUCAUCAAAUGCCUGGCGCCUACUUUUAUGGGUUCCUUUGAGCUAAGCGGGAGGGAUCUACGAGAUCGGGGAAUUAACAGGAUUGGCAACCUGCUUGUACCCAACGACAACUAUUGCAAGUUCGAGGACUGGGUGAUGCCACUGCUGGAUGAAAUGCUUGAAGAGCAAAAAUCCCAGGGAAUUGUCUGGUCGCCUUCAAAGAUUAUUAAUCGUUUGGGCGAGCGCAUUGGUGAUCCCAGUUCCAUAUACUACUGGGCAGCCAAGAAUCAAAUACCCGUCUUUUGUCCAGCUCUGACGGAUGGCAGUUUGGGCGACAUGAUGUACUUUCACUCCUUCCGGCAACCUGGUCUCGUGGUGGAUAUACUGUCCGAUCUGCGAAGGUUGAACACCAUGGCAGUUAAAGCCGUUAACAGCGGGAUGAUUAUCGUGGGUGGCGGCGUCAUUAAGCAUCACAUCUGCAAUGCAAAUCUGAUGCGGAAUGGCGCGGAUUACUCAGUCUUUAUCAACACCGCUUCAGAGUUUGAUGGUAGCGAUAGUGGCGCCAGGCCUGAUGAGGCAAUAUCCUGGGGAAAGAUCAGGAAGGACGCCACACCCGUUAAAGUCUAUGCCGAGGCCAGUUUGGUCUUUCCAUUGAUUGUGGGAGAAACCUUUGCCAAACGACACCAUUCCGGCGGCAAAGAGUUGCCCCAAGAGACUAACCAAGUGUAAAUAUAUAUAGAGAAAACAAGGACAACGCAAUCAACGCAAA